AUUUGUCUGAAGUAAAUAUAUGUUUUUUUUAAAUGUGACACAAACAAGUGACAAGAAAAGGCGAGAACUGGUUGAAACCAACCUCAGCAAUGUUGUACGUGACCAGUUUGCCCUGAUCACUUGUUGUCUUUCUUACUAUUGCUUAUCUCGUGCUCUCUAAUGCACUUUCCUACUAUUUAUGGCAGUUGUAGAGUAGCAUUGGGCUCAAAUACCAUUCUUCAAAUGAAGCAAUAUCUGGAUGAUAAGCCUCUCUGCAGACAUUAUGUACCUAUAAACCUCGUCACCAUCUGGCUCUCACUUUCAAAACACAUUUGUUUGUCUGCGCAUUUAAAAUGACAUCAGGUUUUUCCUCGACUGACCUUUGGUUCACUUCACGUAUUGAUAUGAUCAGUGUCAUUCACAGGAACAACUUAUACUUAUAUUUCUGCAAAAAAAGAUUCUUUUGAACAUAAAACCUAACGAAGAGGUGUAUUCGAGUCAAGCAUGUACUGUAAUCUAAUGGAAUCUUGACUGACAGGUUUGAACCUAGAAUGUAUUGCAGAUAAAGCAAAGAAUGAGAGAGAAAAGUGGGGGGUAGGAAGGGAGGUGCAGAUCAGUGAACCAAAAGCCAAGCACAUGUAAGCUUUUCACUUGUGCACACCUGUACCACUGAAUUACCUGGAUAUAACGCAAGGAGGAGUAAAAAAUCGAAUUGAAGAAGAACCCUAAAGAGUUCUCCUCGCAGCCAUGCCAUUCUCACGCAGCUUCCUUUCCGAGGACCAUCUGCUGUGCUCCAUCUGCUUAGAUGUGUUUAACAAUCCCGUAUCUACGCCGUGCGGCCACAGCUUCUGCAUGGCUUGCAUCGAUAACUACUGGGAUUCAUCCAAGCACUGCCAGUGCCCCCUCUGCAAGCAGGCCUUCAAGAGAAAGCCCGAUCUCCACAUUAAUCGAACGAUCCGCGAAAUCACAGAACAGUUCAAGCAAAUGACAAUCAAAACGGGGGCCGGCGGGGGAGUAGAGGGAGGUGAGGAGUUUGAGGAAGAGGAAAUAACACAGGGGUCAGUGGAUGGUACAGAAGAGCCAGGGCAUCUUCCAGGUGAUGUCUUUACCAAAUUCAAGCGGAAAUUUGCCAGGCGUGUCAGUGCUCAUAGCUUUCGCAAUAAAAGUGGACCUGACCAAACUGUGACAGCAAACGAGGACAGUACCAAUGACACCCAGCCUCUUAUUAUUACGAACAAGGUGUCUCUGAGGAGGUUUACCUUGAGCGGGGCUGCAGAUGCCAUGCAAGUGCCUCUUUGUCCAAAACACCUCAGAAACCUGGAGCUGUUCUGUCAAACUGAUCUGGAAUGUAUUUGUGUGGAGUGUGGACAAACAGAACAUCAAUCACACAACAUCUCUUGCGCGGAGAACGAGUGGCAAAGUAAUAAGAUGAAGAUUAGUACCACAGAGACUGAGAUACAAGAGAUGACCGAAGAAAGACUGCAGAAAGUGGAGGAUAUCAAACAAUCACUGACUGAAAUCAAAAUGCUCUCUGAGCGUGAGGCCCAACGCAGCAUGCAGGUUUUCGGGACUUUGGUAAAAUCCAUCGAGUGCAGCCAGGCGGGGAUGUUGGAAGUGAUUGAGAAGAAUCGUCGCUCUGCUGAACAGCAGGCUGAGGUGAUUAUCAGAGAACUGGAGCAGGAGAUCACACAGUUGAGGAAGAGGAGCGCUGCGCUAGGCAAAGUGGCCCAAACUAAAGACUACAUCACUGGACUGAAGAGCUAUUCUGAUAUAAAUACUCCGCUGUCAAUGAAAGACUGGACAGAUGUUUCAGUGACCUGUGACUUUGGAACAAAAGCCAUUUACACUUCUGUCUGUCAGCUACUGGAACAGUUUAAGGAGGAACUUCAGAAACUACCUGCAAUAUGUCUUUCGGUGUUCACUGAACAAUCACCAAUGAAGUCUCUCCCAAAAGUGAAGAGAAUACAAGAAUAUGCAGUGGAUGUGACCCUGGACCCUAACACUGCCCAUCCUCGCCUCAUCCUAUCAGACGACAGAAAGAAGGUGUGGUGCGGUGAAAAGCACCAACUGGUUCCCAACAACCCUGAACGCUUUGACCGCGUAGUCUGCGUACUGGGGCGUGAGGGAUUCUCUGGUGGCCGACACUACUGGGAGGUAGAGGUGGGUGGGAAAUCUGACUGGGACGUGGGGGUGGCCAGUCACUUUUCCAACAGAAAGGGAAAGAUCACUGUUAGCCCCAGCAACGGCUACUGGUUCCUUAGCCUGCGGGACAAGAAAAACUAUGCCUUCAGGAAUGAACCAUCCACUCCCAUACCUCUCAGCCUGAAACCUCAGAAGAUAGGAGUGUUUGUGGACUACGAAAAAGGCCAAGUGUCAUUUUAUAACGUGGAUGCAAAACUGCACAUCUACACUUUUAUGGAUAAAUUCUCUGAGGCCAUUUAUCCAUUCCUCAGUCCCUGUACCAUCAAAAACGGCAAAAAUAUUGCUCCGCUGGUGAUUACACCUGUCCGUCUAGACUGAACAAUGAGAAACUUUUGGAAUUACCAAACAUCUGCUCAGAAAUGUUGUGGGCUUUUUCGGUCUGUUGACUUUAAUACAUCACACAGUUAUCAGUAAUAAUACAUAAUAGCUACUAAAAACAAGAAUCUGUUUUUCAUUCAAAAAAAAAAUCGGAAAACUCUUAUAAAUCACUCACCUUCAUCCCAGAUGUUUGACUUCCUUCAGUUAAACACAAAAAAACGAAAACCUUCAUAUUAUGAGUUUGAAUAUAUUUAAAGGAAUGUUUAUAACCAUAACGAUCAGAAGCCCCAUUGACUUCCAUAGUAUUCUUUAAUUCUCUAUGGAAGUAAUGUGGCUUCUGAUUGGUUUGGUUUCAAACAUUCCUCAAAAUAUCUACCUUCUUGUUCAUCAGAACAAAGAACUUCAUACUAGUUUGUAACAACAUGAAAGUGAGUAAGUGAUGAAAGAAUUUAUAUUUUGGGGGUGAACUAUCCCUUUAACACUACAUUAACACUACACGACUACACUACACUAUCAAUAUACUCUCCCUGUCACACCUAAGUAUUAAUAAAUUCAUAUUGUUUUGUUUGAAUCUUGUCGUUUUAAUAUUAAACAUUUCAUUUAACCGAAUCAAUAUCCACACUUCACUGUAGAGAGUGCUUUUGUGAGCAUCUGUGUCAAAUGGCAAGCAAGUUACUGCAGGUAAAUUCUCUUCUUUUCAUUUUUUCCCACCCCCUGCGCCUCACAUACAACUCUGACCACCAUACUUAUAUCAUUCCACCUUAUCUGUCUUCUUCUUAGCCUGUACCUGUGUUUCGACACUGGACCCAAGUUCUCAACAGUGCAGUGAAACAAACGUUAUUUACCUAAUAGUCUAUGUAACAAUACAACCAACUUGUCUGUUACCUGUGCAUUGUAAUCGCCAUUAACUGUCUUUGUUUUCCCGCUCUCGGUAACUCCCAAAGCAAAUCCUAACGGUAUUUUCUGUCUGUACACUGUACUUGUUGAAUCAUGUCAAAAGUAACUGUCGAAGAGAAAAUACCUCAGGGCUGUCUGAUGACGACAUGGAUGCAAUUCCUUAAUGUGGCACAAGGUGGAGUUUUCAACAGAUAGCUCUGAAAGUGUGAGGAGAGAUACCCGAUGCAAACUGGCCUAUGGCUUUUACAACCGAUAAAGAUCGUAUACUGUACGGCCUAAAUAGUAUUCAAAGCUUAGAAUUAUUGUCCCAAAUAGGAGUGUGCCGAAAUGAGCAUCCUUAAAAUACCUGGGUGGUACACUAUUUAUGGUGAAAAUUAUAACAACUGAUAUAUGUGAGGAAGGAGUUUUGGGAGGCUUCACUAAAUUAAUAAUAUAAUUAAAUAAUAUAGUAAACAUUAAACAAAAAUUAUGAAAUAGAAAAGCUAAAAUGUGAGAAGUUGUAUUUUUAUAUGUAAAAUUGCUAACAAUGUGCGUUUAAGCAUCAACAGUCACUUUCAUUAUGCGUUACAAUGUCCCAGUACUUGGAUACUCUUCAGCCAAGCGCUAAAAUAUACUUUCCCAUGACAAAAACCAGUACAUACAUUUAAGGCAUAGCACAGGUGUAUUGGGAAGCAGGGUUUGUCACACAGAGGACUUGUAACAAGGGCUAUAUCUCACUUUUUGUGUCUAAAUCCAAUUACAUAAAGCAGACAUUUUAUGUUGUUUUCAAGCACAUAUUCAAAACUGUCUAAAAAAAAGAAUGUACACAGUUAUAAGACUUUGUUCUCUGUAUUUACCCAUCCAAUUUAGUUAACACUACAACCUUUAGGUCAGUGAUUCUCAAACUUUUUCGGCGUGUGGCCCCCCCCUUGUGUACGGUGCACUUCUUCGCGGCCCCCUUAAAGAAAAUUUAGGAGAAAAAACUGUUCUAAAAUUUAACAUUUUAAUUAAACAAAACGUUAUACAAAGUAGUGCUGUUGGCUAGUAGCCUUAUUUUUUUAGGUUUAAUUACACAGAAUUCAUGCUAAAUUAAUGUAUUUUAUAAAAUGUCAUAAAACUGGGGCCCCCCUGGCACCAUCUCGUGGCUCCCCUGGGGGCCCCGGACCCCAGUUUGAGAACCACUGCUUUAGGUUACAACGUUGACUUUCUUAUCAUUAGGCCACAUUUGCCCCAGCUAAAUAUUUGAUAAUUUCUGUAUGGCUUUUGAAAAAACAAGUGAACACUCAAUUUUGAAUAAACUGAACUGUGGAAAAAUACCUUGUGGAAAAUAAAAAUGUUUCGGUUUCCGAAAGAUGAGGGGGGGGCAGUGAGCAUAGAUCAAGGUUGUGCUGAUUUGCAGCCAGGCAAGAAAUAAAAGUUCUCUAGGAAACAUCCCUUACGAAAAUUAACCAGGUUACUGUAGUAAAACCAUGGUAACCACAAAAUAACCAUAGUUUUGACAACCAUGGUUUUCAAAAACCAUAGUUAAACCGUGGUUAGUGGAGCAAAACCAUGGUUUUGCUGAUAGUAAUCAAAACACCAAAAAAAAAAAAACAUUUUUACUACACUUUUACCACAAUAAAACCAUGGUUAAAUUUUUUUAGGGAUUGUAUAGACGGUUUCAUCGGACACACAUGAGGUUAGGCAUCUGGAUGGUACUUAACGUCCGGUCUGUCUUUGUUUAAUGGUCUGGCUAGUGACAAAUACGUCAUCAAAAAUAACAGUUGUUUUGGUUAGACGAGAGACGGCGAGCAUGGAUCAACGCUGUGUGAAGGCAGGGUUGGCAGUUACAUUAAUUUUACACUGUAAAUAGCUCAGUGUAAUAGUUAAUAGGGCUGAAUCGAUUCAGAUGUUCCAGAUCGAUUCGAUUUCGAUUCACAAGCUCACGAUUGAUUCGAUUCAUUUUUCGAUUCUGGUUCUCGGGCCGGUUUUUAGACUCGAUUCAACUCAAUGAAUAUAGAUUUAAUACAAAUAUAUUAAUAAAGCAGUUUACAAGUGGGUAAUUAAUAAAAAGAAAUUAAAAGCCAGAACACUAUCGUCGUCGUCUUUCUUGUGAAAUCUAAACUGCUUUCAUACC